ACGUCAAGGAAGAAGAGGAAGAUCCGCGAGCACAGACAGCUCCUUCACAAUUUUAUCUGCGAAAGCUUUUGUUUUGGGUUUUUAUUUGAUGUGUUUGGGAGUAGUUCUUCCCCUUGGGAAGGUGAAAUGUCGGACAGCUUUGGUGUGAAUCGUCUGUGAAGGCGAAAGCGGAAACCUAGAGGCGCGUGCUGGAGUAGCAGAGUUACUAAGCUAAGCUGCUUUCAGCAACAAAAGCCUGUUUUGGUAACACGGUAAACCUCCCGGAUUAAUAAUCUUCUUCAUAUUGCAAAGGAGCGCAUGCAAAAAAAAAAAAAAGUCUCCUAACAUCCUUUAAUAUUUCUCCGGUAACAAGCAGACAAUGUCUUCAGAGUUGACCAUUGACAUCCAGCUAACAGAGCUGGGCUUUUCAAGCUGGGAUUUUCAGGAUUUAAAACAGAGAGAGACACAUCAGACUUCAGACGUGGAAUAUGCAUCAUCUUCCUCAUCAUCUUCAUCAACAACACCAACACCACCAGCAUCGUCUUCGUGUCCCAUGCCAGUGGAAAUCCUCGCGGAUGAGGAACUAGAUGUGGCUCAUCUCACUCCAGUUGUGUCUUCCCAGUCUGUUCAGCCCAUUCCCAAAGACAAUCCCAGUUUAGUUCAUGUCGAUUCCACAGAGACCAGUACAGGCGAAAGCAGCCGGACUGUUCGUGAAAAAGAAAGUGGAUCUGUGGGAGAGAAAAGAAGAAAAUGUCCAUGGUACGAUGAAAAUGCGGACGAGCAAUUUAAGGAGGAUAAAAAGAAAAAAAUGCACGGAGAUCAGAGAAAAAACGACAAGGAGGUCAGGGAAAGAGGAGCUGAGAGGAAGCUGGUGAGCGUUGCUGAUGUUUCUGGAGAAGAAGAAGAAGAAGAAGAAGAAGAUGAGGAGGAGGAGGAAGAUGAUGAAGAAGAUGACGCCAGCCAUGAUGAUGAUGAUGGUAGCUUGACAGAUGAAGAGGGAGGCGAUGAUGUUUUGUCUUCAGAUACAAACGGUUCUGAAGAGCAUCGCUGCCAAGUGUGCAGUCUCACAUUUUCCACGUCUUUCCUCCUACAUGAGCAUUUGCAUGUACAUAAUGGUGUUCGUCUCUACCGCUGUGCUGAAUGUGGAAAACAGUUCUGCCAUUUAGUGAACUAUCGUAAGCACCUGCGCUCGCAUGCUAUCCAGUGCAUCGUUUGCGCAGCCCAGUUCUCAUCACAGGAGGACCUGCAGCAGCAUCUGGACACAAACCAUUUUGAAGACAAGUUCUAUCAGUGCGACCUCUGCAAGCGCAUUUUCACCAGCAUGGCAGAGUGCAAGAAGCAUGUGCAAACACACAAGCGGCGCACAAAACGCUACCCGUGCCCAAAGUGCGAACGCAGCUUCCGCCACCGCAGCUCCAUGCUGUACCAUCUCAAGAGACACAAUAAAGGCGUAUUCCUCUGUACUGACUGCGGCCUGGCCUUCUCGACCAAAGCCGUCCUCCUGCGCCACAGCUUUCAUCACCUGGGUCUUUUGCCCUACACCUGCAUACGCUGCAAACGGCAUUUCCGUUUAUCAUCUCUGUACUUGAAGCAUGAGUGUAAACCAGAGCAGUUGCAGUGCGUGGCAUGUCUCGUCAUCUUUAAGAGUCAGGAAGACUUCCAGAAGCACAAGAAGGACACGGGUUGCUGGGGUCAUCAGACGGCUCUUAGUGCGAAGACAAAUGACAUCCGAUGCAUGGAGUGUGGGCAAGUCUUCGACAGUUCAGAGGAACUGAAGAAGCACGCUGGGACGCAUCAGAGGGUCAUGAGGUGCUCGGAGUGCGGGAUGGGAUUCCGCUCGUCCAUCAUGCUCAUGUCGCACAUGGGUGGCCAUGUGGCUCAGCGGCCAUGCCUCUGCAAAGAGUGCGGCCUGGGCUUCUGUCAUCAACAGGCUUAUGACAGCCACCUUAAAACAUGCGGCCUGGUGAAUCCAGCAGAGAUUGCCAUAAAGAAGCAAAAGCCAAAAUCAGUGAAGAAGGGUGUUGUCACCACUGCACAAAGCAAGCAAAUUCAAACCAUGCCACAGCACGUGCUCUUGCAUCCAACCAACACAGUAAGCAGCCAACCACAACCUGCUGUAGGUCUGACUGCAGUCAGCAUGAAUAAAGAGCCUCAUUCUCCUGUACCCCUGGUUAUGUUUGUGCCUGUACCCUCCACAUCCACAUCCACAUCCAGCAGCAUCCUGAAUCCUCAAAAGCCUACUUCAGAUGUCUCAAAGAAAUCUGUGUCAGCUCCACAGGUCAUUCAUAUUCCAUUACCCUCUAAUAACAGUUCUCUACAUAAAGAGCCUGUAAAAACAGUGGUGUUAAAAGACGUGGCUCGCCCUGUGUCUGGAUCAAACGUUCUGAUAUCCAUGAAAAACACAAAAGUAGGAUGGACACUAUUACAGGGUCCAGGCACGGUCGGGUCAAUGCCUAAAAUAUUUGCAGUGAGAAAAGAAAAUAAGCAAGUGGCUGCCGUCAGCUCUAAGCUGAUAGUGCGCAGUCCACAGUUCUCUGCGAAUAACGAGCAGACAAAGAAAGUUUUGUCAAACUUGGAGAUCCUGCAAAUCUUAAACGUGAUGAAAAAAACCGGUGAUAAGAAAGAAAAUGUAUCAAGCUCAUCCACCUCAGCAUCGGCCAGUGCAGAGGGGAAGGCGGAUGAUGGAAAGCAGGAAGGGUCGAGGCUGGAAACCAGUAACACCCCACAUGAAAAGAGCAGUGAUGCAAACAUAGAGAGAGAUGUUCUCGGUACUGUAAACAUGCAGCCUCCUGAUUCUUCAGCAGUGAUGUGUGACAGUUCACCCCUGAAAAAGCCUGAUGAGGAUCAAAUCCCAAAAUCAUCGAUUCAUUUAAACCAGACUGAGUUAUCAUCAGAAAACAGUGAACAAAAUACAGACAAACACCCUGAGGAGGAAAAGCGGGACCUGGACAAUGCAGCGAUGGAGUUAGAGGAUAAGUCUGAUAUUGUGCAGUGUGAAACUUGUGGGAAGAUGCUUUUAGAAAAAGACUUGGUCCAGCACACUAUGAAGCAUUCAGUGUCUUCUGUUCCCACAAAAUCCUAGCUCCUGGUUUUUAUAAUCUUGAGUGAAUGGUACAGGUUCAUUUUAAUGUAAGAAAUUUUUUUUUAAGUAGACAACUCUGAGAGCUUUUAGAGUCUUCCUUCCUUCCUUCCUUCCUUCCUUCCUUCCUUUUUGUCUUCUUUUUUUGUCUUCCGUUUUGUCUUCCUUUUAAUUUAAAACGUGGGAAAACUUUCUAUUAAAUCCAAUAUUACUGGAGAAAACAAUAAUAGGUUGUGUGUAUUCAUGUGGAUGAAACACUGAAUAUUAUAAAACUGUUUACUGACUAUGCAGGUAAUUUGCACAAAUGAAACUAUUUUACUUGUUGCUGUGUAAGAAGAUCAGGACAUUGCAUUAAAAUAGAUCAUGUAUAUUCCUUUUAAUAGAUAAAUAUCUUCAGGUUCAAGCUGAAUUGAUUUUAUGUUCUAUUUUCUUUUACACCUUUUUUAACCUUUUUUUUUUUUAAUAUAACAAUACAUGCAAGAGUGGAGUUUAUGAUGAGUCUGUGGUUUCACUUAUGAAAUUCAAAUUUCCAAAAUGUGUUAUUGUUUGGGAGCGGAAAUAAAAAUGCAGUCACAUA